CCCACAGGUGGCUUUAUUUCCAAGCACUGGGCUGCGCUGCUGCUGACGCCUCCUGCUCCCCCUGGCUCUCAAGACUGCUUCUGGAUUUAGCUGCUGCAUCAGGAGUGAGCGCCUGCCUGCAAGUGAUGCUGGAUUCAGUAACCCACAGCACAUUUCUGUCAAACACGAUGGUUUGUGAUCCCCUGAUGUCUUGGACAGAGAUAUUUGGGACAACUGAAGAUGACUAUCCCACCUGUGACCAUCAGACAGAUUCUGAUUCUUUCUGGACAUCCAUCCACCCGGAGCACUGGAGUAAGCACAACGUCUGUGAAUGGCUGCAGUUCUGCUGUGACCAGUACAAGCUAGAUGCCAACUGCAUUUCCUUUUCCCAUUUUAAUAUCAGUGGCUUACAGCUGUGCAACAUGACUCAGGAAGAGUUCCUGGAUGCUGCAGGCAUUUGUGGUGAAUACUUGUAUUUCAUCUUACAGAACAUCAGGAUGCACGGCACUUCAUUUUUUACUGAUGUAGAAGAAACAAAAUUAUCCAACAAGGACUGUGACCUUUUGACCAAGUUGCCACCAGACUCAGGAGUUCCUUCUUCACUUCUCACGUUAUUCUGUAGUUCAGUCCCGGUGCGUGAUAAGGCAUGCAUGAGGGCAGGUGGCAUCAGCGGCCAAGAAUGUCACAGUCAUGGUAGAACAAACCUGCAGAGUUCUCAUUUGUGGGAAUUUGUAAGAGACCUCCUCCUUUCUCCUGAAGAAAAUAGUGGCAUUCUGGAAUGGGAGGACAGGGGACAAGGCAUUUUUCGGGUUGUUAAAUCAGAAGCUCUGGCAAAGAUGUGGGGACAAAGGAAGAAAAAUGACAGAAUGACAUACGAAAAAUUGAGCAGAGCUCUUCGAUACUAUUAUAAAACAGGCAUUUUGGAACGAGUGGACAGAAGGCUGGUGUACAAGUUUGGGAAGAAUGCCCACGGAUGGCAGGAGAGCAAGAUAUGAACUGCUCAGUGCUUCCACACAUGCUCGGCACAAAAGACACCAUAAUCUGGAUGGUCCAGCUGCAGUGGACACUUGAGAGAGAGGUUUUCCUCUCCCUCUCUCCUCUCAGCCCGUCUGGACGAAUUCAUUGCAGUCUGCUUCAGGAGACAGGCUACAACAUCAAAAAGAGCACUUGAAUUUUGGAGUCAUUUUUGCCUUUGUGUUUUCUGCCAAGCACUGUCUGCUAGCAAGCCUUUAGGAAUAUUUUUACCUGCUGCUCAAGUGACAACUAAAACCUGCCUGUCUCCCCUGUCUCAGCCGGCAUGGUCACUGACCAGCACGAAAUUCCUCCCUGUUCUGCUGCCAUUUAAAGCAGAAUAUUUAGAGACAUUUCCCAGUUAUGUUACAGUAUUUCUAAAGAAUGUAGAAAAGCUUCUUUUCCAUUUGAUGAGAAAAACACUCUUCUGAUCCAUUCCACUCCAAAUAAUUGCAUUUCUCAGAUAUGCCACAAACCCAUGUGUUGUUUAAAACAUGCAGUCCACUCUCCUCUAUGUGCCUGGAUUUAAUAUGUCCAGUCAACCUAGUUAACAAAAAAAAAAAUCAAAUUCAAUUCUGAAAUAUAUACAUCAAGUAGUCACCACCUUUAGCUACUAAUUCCAUCUGUGCAAAGAUAUAGAACAACACACACUUGAUGUAUUUGGUUUUUUUUUUUCAUGAAGGUGAAUUUAAGUCACUUCCACAUUUGGAAGAAGCAGUUCUGGAUAGAGUACAAGAAUUUGCUGAAGUAGAUUAGUUUUAAAAUGUAAAUGAAUAUUUGUGGAGACGUUUCUAAAGAGCCUUUGCCCACAUCUGUACAGACAUCAGUUGAACAGAGCAGCUUAUGACACAGUGUUGUACAUAUACCAAUAAAAUUAAUGUGUGGUGCAUGCCCUCAGCUGCUCCAUAGAUCAACCCAACAAUAAGCAAAUUUUUUAGAAUGAAAGGCGGUAUAUGAGAAUUCAUCUGCGGUUUUUGGAAGUAACAUAAUUAUUCUGUAGUUUUACAGGGAUUGCUUCUUCAACAUAAUAAAUUUAAGCUACAGCUGUAAAUCCGUAACUGCUUUAGGCUUACCCCAAGUGGCAUUCAGGGAGGUUCAAUGGGGUUCUAACUUUGCUUACCAAUGGACAGCUCUGCACCCAUUACUCUGCAUAACCUCAGUUCACUGAGGUGUUCCUUAACCCUAAAAGCCUUUUUCUUGCAAUUCAGAAAACGAUGGUAUUAUUUGCAAUAGGAAUUAUCUUUCAAGGCAAGUGACUGUUUUAAGAAUUGGGAUUAUCAAACUAAGCACUGCUGCAGCAACCCUAUUCCAGGUACCUCACUACAUGGGAUGAGUGGGCAACAGCUGGGAUGGAGGACAGUGGUUCCUGACUUUAGAACCUAGAUAAUGCCCCAGCUCUACCAACAGCCUGCAAAAUUCACACUAGAGAUGACUACCAACGAGGUUUCUUCCAGAAACUACGCAUAUUUGUUUGGAAAGACUCAUCUUUCUCCUAUUUCUCAUCCUUUUGUUUGUUUUUAUCUGCAGAACAGCUACAGAUAUUCUUUCUGGGAAAUAAAUCCCUUAGGGAUAAAACACAGCAUAAGGGGCAUGCUGUGAAAAAUGCUCAAAAGUUUGUUGCAGCUGCCUAUUUCAUAAUAUGGGAAAACAACUUGGCUGAAGGAAACAUCGUCAGUCACAACCAAAACAAGGGCACUAAUCUUGACAUAGAAACAUAUGUCAGUCAAUGACAAGACGUAGAACUGAGGGAUGUAGAUUUUCAAAUAUAUCUAGCAUCUGUGUAAUUUAGGUAGUAAAAUAUAGUACAAAUAUUCUGGUUAGGCUGCUAAUAAAAAAAAAAAUCAAGCCUUCACACUCUUGAAAACUAGCAGGAAUUACCAACGUUCCAGGACCAUCACACACAAAACACAGCCAGGCAGUCCUCCUGUGCCACGUCCAAAGCAGAUCAACAAGCCUCUAGGUCCCAGUCCAGUUAUGAAGAUUUACUGUAGAGAUGUGCUUAAAAUGUGAACAACUGUAAAGUACCUCCUCUUAGAUUUGUAUAGUUUUCUGCCCACUGCAACUUGUUAACAACACGAAUGAAGGUGCAUGCCUUUCUUCCAUUCAUGUCUCCCUAACUCAUACCAAGGGUACACAGAACCACUCCCUGGAGGCAGGACCUUGUAGCCUGGGCCUGUCCACGUGUGGGCCAGGGCAGAGCCAGGCACCUCCCUGGGGGCCAGGCCCAGGGUGACACCCAGGCCUGAUGGCUGUGAGGGCAGGGACAGCUGGGACUGGGCAGUCAAUGGGGCCUUGGUCAGGGCCACCGUGGGGGGAGGUCAGGCAGGGUCAGUCAGCUCAAGAACAUAUAACUGACUCUAGUUCUGCCAUAGGAAUGGAAGUGCAGAAGAUAAGAUGAUGCUAAUCAGAACAGAUUUCACUAAAUUUAAUCCAUUAGUUCAAUCUCUUCCUUGAGCAGCUAAUCCAGGCAGUGCAGAUAUAGAAAACACAGCAAAAAGCUAUUUCAGAUAUUGUUAACCACAAGUCUGAGCACACAGUGGAGAAUGCUUUGGAAGGGAGUGGCCUGUUUAGGCACAGUUUAGAAAUAAUCUGAUAAAAAUCUGAAAGUCUUAAAAAGG